GUUGCAAUAUGUUUACAAUAUGGCGAUCUUUAUAUUAAAUUUGAAACAAAAAACCGAAUAAUUAUUUUGAUCGAUUAGUAGAUAACUAAUCAAAGCAAAAUUAUUAAUAUAGAAUUUAAAUUGAAAGUAUCUUUGAACCAUUCAGAAUGUCAUCACCUGAUGUAGCUUUUUUAAAUGAUCAGAGUAAGUUGUUUUUAGACGUGCUACAACUUGUAUGGUUCUAUAGUUUCCAUUCUUCUAAAUAGUUAAGAGAUUAAAUCAUGAAUUAUCAAAGUAUCAAGAAAAGUAUCCUCCGAUUGGAUUUGGGAAUGACGUAAGUUGAGUUUGGAAUAUUAAGAAUAUAAUUUUUUAUAACAUCGCCUACUUUCUUUACAUAGAAUUCGUUACCUGAAGGACCUACUCCACCAUGGCUAACGGAUAAAGCGUAAUAUUUUAAUUUACAUCUCUUAAACAAAGAAACAAACGAUUAUGACAAGCCAGUUGUCAAUGGCAACAAAAUACCAGUUUUCAUCUAUUAUUUAAAAAUUAGUACUACAAAUAUAAUCAAUGAUAGAAGUUGGAACGUUUUUAAUCCACUAGUCAAAUCCACUGAACUUUUAUUUAUGAACAAUUAGGAUUUAUAGUAACUUUCAUUAUUAAUAUUAGAAAUGAUUAAAUUACAAUUUUAAAAAUAAUGAUUAAACUUUUACAAAUCUUAAUAAGAUUAAUCGACUUACUUUUGAAGCCCAUAACAUAUUUAUGAUCUUUAAAGUUUCGAUAUGUGACUAUAAAAUUAUAUAUAUUUAUAAACAGUCACCUCGCUCCUCUUCUUUUUGAAUAUGACACCCAAAUGGCGAUGGCAAAACAGGAAACUUCCACCUUGCAGGUAGAGUACUUUAUAAAUAAAGUAUUAUUCGAGAUUCAUCAAUCGUUAACAGUAUAACUAUGGAUUCUAGGGUAGACGACUUACAGACGGAAGUUCAUCGUCUAAUCGCAGAAAAUCAGAGGCUUCAUCGUGAACUUAGAGAAUCAAUGCAAAAUCAAUUAGAUAUUCAUCCUGUUCAUGAAAAAGAUACGCUUUCAGAAGAUCAAAUAUUACUUAAUCUACAAACUCAACUCCAACUUCUCCAAAAGGAGAAAGAAAGUGCAAUUGAAAUGUGGCAAUUAGAAAAAUUAGAAGUGGAUAGAUUAGAAGUUAAACUAAAAGCCCAUCAAUAUCAUCCUAAGAUAAGAGCUCUUGAUCAGCAAGCCAGACAGUUAAAAGACCAAUAUACAGAGACUGUUGCCGAAUUACACGCUGAAAUCAAUAGAUUGCAGAUUGAAUUGGAAAAGUCUAAAUCCGAGAAUCAUUUUUUCAGAAGUUCUGGCUUCGAAAACAGAUGCCAUAGCGUGCAAAAAUUUUCAAUGCCUCAUAAUACUGAGCCUUCGGAUAGUAUUUCCCAUGAGCUUAAGAAGCAGAUAUCAGCCCUUGAAGAAAGCCUUCAAAAGUCUUUGGAAGCCAAUGAGCAAUUGAGGUCUGAAAAAGGUUUCCUAGAAGAUAGAAUUUUAAGAUUCGAAAAAUUAAGCUCGGAGAGACUUAAUAAGGACUUAGAAACAUCUACUCACAUGAAGGAAGGAGUUUCUCUUGUAGAAAAUGCCAUAUUGGAGAGAGAUCAAUCCCUUAUGCGUGAAAAACAGCUCUUAGAAGAAAUUGAAAGAUUAAAAUAUGCUUUUGAUAAACUUGUAGAUGAAGCAGGUGCUAGAACUGUUAAGGAAGUUGAUCUGAUAAAGAAUGAAUAUAUUCAAAAGUUGAAUAGAAUGAAUGAGGAUUUGAAAGCUCUAGAGAUUGAAAAUGCAGAGAAAACGGCUCAAUUAGAGAGGUCUAUUAGAGAAAAGAGGGCCGUUGAAGCUGAGUUAGAUAAGUUAUAUCAAGAAGGUCGUAUUCAAGGCUCUAAGGACACAGGAGCUUUACAAGAAUUAAAUAGAAGGGCUUGCGAAGCCGAACGCCUAAGGGACGAAGCAACAAUAAAAGCAGAGUCUUUUAAAAAUCAGUUGAAACGCAACGAAGUUCAAUUUAAACAAGAAAAAGAACAAGUUCAACGUGAACUCGAACAAUUAAAUGGUCACUUUAAUAAAUUAAAGAUUGAUUUUGACUUAGUUAAUGACGAUAGAGUAAAACUCUUGGAACAAGUAGAUGAUUUGAAGAGAAGGUGUUCAUCGUUAAGUUCGGAGAGAGACUCAGCAUGUAGGAAAUUACAAAAAGAACUUACAUGUGCUGAAAAAGACUUAAAACUAAAAAUUGAAGAAUUUGAAAUAAGAAUUCAUACAUCCGAAGACGAACAUCGGAAUGCUAUGAAAGAUUUAAGAAAUAUGCUUACUGCUCAACAAAAGAUGAGUGCCAGGUGGAAAGAAGAGUGUGAAACUAUAUCUAGAAAAUAUGAAUUAAAGGUCAAGGAUCUAAGGGAGGACAUGUCUAGAGAAAAAAUUAGGAAUGAAGAGUUAAAACGCCUUCUCAAAGACAGUAAAGAUAAGGCAAUGGAGACUGAAAGUUUAAUAUCCGAAUAUAGUCGUAAUAUUAAAAAUAUGGAAGAUCGUGUAAGAGAAGCUGAAAACAGGGCUAAGCGUACUUCAAUGCAGAUCGCCAAUCACCUAACAAGAGAAAGGAAGCGUCAAUUUGAUAAAAGUGUUAAAAAGUAG